AUGAAUAACAUUUCAACAAUUUCAGUGUUUUUUCUUUCAGGUUUAAAUGAAACAAGGAAUUACAGGUUACCUCUUUUCUUUCUCACUUUGAUGUGUUACUUUGUGGUACUCUUCGUAAAUGUUUGUGUUAUUUUGAUAAUAAUCUUAAACAAUGAUCUCCAUGAACCAAUGUAUAUUCUGCUGUGUGGUUUUUGUAUGAAUUCCCUUUAUGGAACAGCCGGUUUCUAUCCUAAAUUUCUGUGGGAUCUGCUCUCUCCUGUUCAUGUCAUCUCUUACUCAGGCUGCCUUCUGCAGACUCAGGUGGUGUACUCCUUUGCCGUCAGUGAUCUGUCCAUCCUUACCCUCAUGGCAUGUGAUCGUUAUUUAGCUAUAUGUCGACCACUGGAGUACCACUCUAUCAUGUCAAAGCAAAGAGUCAUCACUUUAGUGUGUGUCUUUUGGUUAACGCCUUUCUGGAUUUUGGCUGUAAACACCAUUCUUACAUCUCGGUUGAAGCUCUGCAGCCCGUAUUUAAACAGACUGAUCUGUAUGAACGGGAGCAUUGUUAUGCUUGCUUGUUUUCCAGCUGAAACUUCUUUGAACAGCAAUGCUGCAAAUGUCACAAUUGCAAUUUACUUUCUCCAUGCAGCUGUAAUUGGUUGGUCCUACGCGUUAGUCAUCAAAACAUGUGUUAGUUCUGUAGAAGACAGGAAAAAGUUCAUGCAAACAUGUGUGCCUCAUUUGAUCUCCUUGUCCACUUUUGCCGUAACUAUACUUUUUGAUGUUAUAUAUAUUCGAUUUGAGAACAAGAAUUUACCACAAAGUCUAAAAAAUUUUGUUUCCAUAGAAUUUCUCGUCAUACCGCCCAUAAUGAAUCCGUUCAUUUAUGGUUUCAAAUUGACCAAAAUAAGAAAUAAAAUUGCAGUAAUGAUAAAAAAGAAAUGA